AUGGGAAUGAAAACUGUGAUUGAUAAUAACCUUAUAAUAUUGUUAUUGUGGAUUAUUGAACGUGUGCUAUCUUAUCAUAUUGCAGGGGAAGAAAUUAUGGAUGAAGUGCAAGGUGAAGAUGAUGGUGUUUUGGCAGCAUCUGACCAUGAGAAUUGUGUGGACUCCGCUAACAUAGUGGAAAGUGAAACCUCUUUAGAAGAUGAUUUGAUAGUGCCGGAGGUGGGUAUGGAGUUUAAAAAUUUGAAAGAUAUGUUUGACAUGUACAAGAAAUAUGCGUAUGCUGUUGGUUUUUCGGUUAAGAAAAGAAAUUCGAAAAGGGGAGAUGAUGGAGAGUUGAGAUAUGUGACAGUGACAUGUAGUCGAGAAGAUCGAAGAAACGAAAAUAUUGAUGGAUCUUCGAAGCCGCAACCAACAAUACAGAUGGGUUGUAAAGCGAGAAUCUCUGCUUCUGUAGAUAUUUAUGGUGUUUGGAGACUUAAUACUGUCAACCCUGACCACAAUCAUGAAACUAGCCCUUCGAAGUCCAGGUUAUUUCGCUGCAAUAGAGAAUUGAGUACACAUGUAAAGCGCAAGCUACAAGUCAAUGAUUUUGUAGGAAUUCCAUUGCAUAAAAGUUACAAUUCAGCUGUUGUCGAAGCAGGUGGUUAUGAGAACAUGAGUUGCGUGGAAAAGGAUUGUCGAAAUUACAUUGAAAAAGUGAGACGAUUAAGACUUAGGAAAGGGGACGCCGUCGCAAUACAAACAUACUUUUCAAAAAUGCAAGCACAGUGCUCGGGCUUUUUCUUUAGUAUGGAUCUGGACGAUGAUUCUCGAUUGAAGAACAUAUUUUGGGCAGAUAAUCGCUGUAGACAAGCGUAUAAGGAAUUCGGCGAUGUUGUUACAUUUGAUACCACUUACUUGACAAACAAGUACGACAUGCCAUUCGUCCUUUUUGUUGGCGUUAAUCAUCACGGACAAUCCACACUGUUGGGUUGUGGAUUGGUAUCGAAUGAAGACACAGAAACUUUUGUGUGGUUGUUUAGAACAUGGCUCCAGUGUAUGCAUGGACAAGCACCGCAGGGGAUAAUUACCGAUCAGGACAGGGCAAUGCAAAAUGCAAUUCAAAUAGUUUUCCUGAACACAGGACAUAGAUGGUGUUUGUGGCACAUUCUGAAAAAGUUGCCUGAGAAGUUUGGACACCACGAAAAUAAGGCAUCAAUAUUUGGAGCGAUACACAGAUUGGUAUACGAUUCACAGUUUGUCCAGGAGUUCGAAGAAGGUUGGGCUGGUAUGAUUGAUACGUAUGGCUUGCAUAAGAACGAUUGGUUGUCCGAACUAUAUGCAAACAGAGCUCGCUGGGUUCCUUGUUUUCUGAAGACUAUUUUCUGGGCAGGGAUGUCAACGACACAGAGAAGUGAGAGUAUGAAUGCAUUCUUUGAUGGGUAUGUGCAUUCGAAGACGUCAUUAAAGCAAUUUGUCGAACAGUAUGAGCGAGCACUGCGCAGUAAAGUUGAAAAAGAGUUCCAAGCUGAUUUCAAAUCAUUUGCGCAAACAUUACCGUGUGCUACAGAUUAUGAAAUGGAGCAGCAGUUUCAAUCAGUUUACACUAUUUCUAAAUUCAAGGAGGCUCAGGCUGAGUUUACGGGAAAGGUUUACUGCGACCUCAUCUCUACUUCGGAGAGACCCUCAGGGACGAUGUAUGAGGUUCGGCAGGACAUUAUGGGCGAUGGGAUAAGGAGGAAGAAAACAUUCGUAGUCUCAUUUGAUAGACAAAAUUAUGAUAUUGUUUGCAGCUACCAUUUGUUCGAGUUUAGGGAGAUAAUUUGUAGGCAUGCUAUUGCAGUACUGAUUCGUUGUGACGUCACAUUACUUCCCGAGAGGUACAUACUGCGAAGGUGGAGGAAAGACGUUAGUAGAGCACACACUAGGGUCGCAGUCAAUUAUGAUGGUUUGGUUAGUACUCCUGAGCAGUUGAGGUACAACGACAUGUGCCGUGCUUUUGAAGAAGUAGCGGACCUCGCGGCAGACGAUGAGGGUCGAGCACGUGUGAUUAUGGAAUGGAUAAAACUUCAGCGUCAAGAACUCAUGAUGUCUAAGAAGUCGGGUACAGGAAGCAAUGCUAUAUCCAAACAUUCUUUUGACAAUACGGACCAAUUCAAUGAUUUUCAACAUCAUGAUAGUGUGACUAUACGUGAUCCAGUGGGGUCGCGCACAAAAGGGGCCCCCAAGAAACUUCGAAGAAAAGGUCCGUUGGAGUCAAGUUCGAAGAAAGGCAAGGUAUGUUCGAAGCUUGGAAUCUAA